AUGUCAAGCCGAGUAACUCGUCUUAAAGUCAGCAUGGCGAGAGAAGGCAUCAGCGUGAUGGUGCUGUCGAAACCCGAACACAUUUGCUACUUGACUGGCUUCAACGCGACCAUUUGGUCCCACCCCGCAUUCGCGAUUUUGACAGAGGAUAGUGCCAAACCUAUCCUUCUUGCAAACGCACUCCGCAAACACAAAGCUGAGAACACUCCCGGCGUUCGCAUCAAUCACUUCUACGGACAUUGGUUCGGCGCUGAACCGACAGCGUCAAACUGGCCUGAGGCACUGCAAAUCCUCGUCGCCCAGGGAAGCUCUGUGGGAAAGAGGAUCGGGAUUGAGCGCAAGUUCAUUUCACUGGAUUUCUACGAUGCUUUGACGAGCGCACUGCCGGAUGCGAAAUUCGUUGGAGUCGACGACCUCCUGCAAGAAUGCCGGAGCGUCAAGGAUGAGGAUGAAAUCGCGAAUGCACGUAUCGCUGCUAAGAUCGCCGGCGCCGGCUUAGCUGCAGCGAAAGAACGAGCCCAUGCCGGGGGUAGCGAGUACGAAACAUUCUUCGCCGCCAAAUGCGCAAUGUACAAGUUGUGGAGCAAAACCUAUCCCGAUGCCGACAUCCACGGCUUUGGCUCGUUGGAAGGCGGCAAAUUUGACGGAUUUGAUGUUUGGGUUCUUUUUGGUGAACGAAAAUUCAUGCAGACCGCCUCACCCACCUCGCGCAGACUCGAAGAUGGAGAGGCGGGUUCAGUGCUGAUCUGGAGCGUCAUCAAUGGGAGGCAUGUUGAAUUGGAGGACACCGUCUGGAAGGGAGAACUGUCCAACUCAGAAAAGACGGCAAUCGCGGACGCAAAUGAGAUUCGUGGCGCAGUCGUUGAAUUAAUUCGACCUGGGUUACCUCUCUCUGCUCCGUACGAAAAGGCUUGCGAGAUGCUGGCGGAGCGCGGCUACACAAAACCCGCCCGUAUCGGUCACAAUGUCGGACUCGGUCCGCAUGAACAAGGUUCAAUCGACGGCUUUGCUGCAGGCUCAUUCAAAGCCGGAAUGAUUGUUGCGAUUGAACCUAACGCCAAUAUCCGGGGAAGGUUCAAGACUCAAAUAUCAAGAACUUACCUCGUAACAAGCGAGUCAUGCGAGUGUCUGAAUCCCGAAAGCGACGGUUAA